GAAAAAAGGAUCACUCUUGACUGGAUCUCUGCAGAGCUCAAUAUCGCUAAACUCAGAUAUGAAGACACCGGAUACUAUGAUUGGAAGCAUACAUAAACCAAGAGUUGAAACGUUCAACUUUUCUAUUGGAGGUCAUUGACCGAGUUGCCACACCCAGAAUAUCCUGUGAGAUGGAAGAUGGCAGCAGCUCUGCAACGCUAGUGUGCUCUGCCGAGUUCAGACAGCCUCAGUCCUUAAUGAAGUUGGAGUGGGAUUCACAUGGACAUGUGCAGCCUGGCCCAAAUUUCACAAUAUCUCUGGGAGAUAAACAUGAUGAUGAAAUAUACACGUGUAGGGUGAGCAACCCUCUGAGCAAUGAAACAGCUACAUACACUGCAAAGGAUUGUUACCCAGACAAAAGUUCAUCUGCAGCACUGAUUGCCAGCGUACUCACCAUCGUUGUAAUUAUUCUACUCGUUGUAGCCAUAGUGUAUUGCAAACUACGCCAUAAAGGGUCGUGGGGAUCUUCACAAUGUAUGAAACAAAAACAUACUGUUUCUUUCUUCUUUUCUGUCCUCUCACUCUCGGUUCCAGCAUGUUUUGCAAAAAGAAAGAAAGGUGAUUCAGAAAACCCAUCAACAAAAGGGUCAGAUGAGAAGACAGCUCAGGGUGAUGAAAAUAGGAGUCUUCUUGAAAGAGCCCCCACACUUCCCUCUACGCAGCCACUUGGCCUUUUGCUACAAAGCAAUAGGAAUUUGAAGCCUAAUGGCCUGGAUAGAGAUCACAACGAAAAUGUCAAUUCAGACUGGAAGACUGUCAACGCACAUGAUAUGAGUCCACCAAAAGGGUUAGUCGAACAAAGGAAACAGCAGUUUGAGAAUGAUGGAAACAUUUCUGACAAAAAAUUGCAGAAAGAUGACAAAGGUGAUGCAGAUGCAAAUGAACCUGAACCAGCUGGUGUGGCGGACAAGGAGGAUUUGGAGGUCUUCAUUGAGCCUGAACAGCCAGUUUUGGAAACUGCUCUCUCUGAACCAGAUUCACAACACUCAGGUUUAGAUAACAAAGGUGAUGCAAAUGCAGACCACCUCAGUGAAGAUGCUGGGAAAAAGAUCCCACAGUGUGACCCCUCAGACUCUGAGAAGGCAAAUGAACUUGACCCAGCUGGUUUGUUGGAGGACUCGCAGUCUAAUCUGGAAUCCUCCAUUGCUCCUGUACAGCCAGCACAUGAUAUGAGUCCACCAAAAGGGUUAGUCGAACAAAGGAAACAGCAGUUUGAGAAUGAUGGAAACAUUUCUGACAAAAAAUUGCAUAAAGAUGACAAAGGUGAUGCAGAUGCAAAUGAACUCGACCCAGCUGGUUUGUUGGAGGACUCGCAGUCUAAUCUGGAAUCCUCCAUUGCUCCUGUACAGCCAGCACAUGAUAUGAGUCCACCAAAAGGGUUAGUCGAACAAAGGAAACAGCAGUUUGAGAAUGAUGGAAACAUUUCUGACAAAAAAUUGCAUAAAGAUGACAAAGGUGAUGCAGAUGCAAAUGAACCUGAACCAGCUGGUGUGGCGGACAAGGAGGAUUUGGAGGUCUUCAUUGAGCCUGAACAGCCAGUUUUGGAAACUGCUCUCUCUGAACCAGAUUCACAACACUCAGGUUUAGAUAACAAGCCUCUGGAUCCUAUUGAUCUGGCUAGCAAUGACAAAGGUGAUGCAGAUGCAACGCAUUUUACUGUAGGAUUUGCUGGGAUUAACAAGACCGAGUCAAAGAAAAAGACAGAUGAUGAAGAGGAAGCAUAGUCACCUCCUGCUCAGUCAUGUUUCCCUUUGACAUAAAGGACACCACUGGUGAACACAAGAAAGAUACCAACUCAGAUCAGGUCAACAGAGAAACUACAGUACUGCAGAACAGUUCAGAAGGAUAAGUACAUGAGCAAGAUUCAAACAUGUCACAGGGAGAAACU